GCGAAUUCGUUUCAAUUGACAUUUAUUAUUACUUGUGCACUGGUAUACACUGGUGUACACUCAAAUAUAAUUUUAUAAGAUUAUUUAGUUUCGGGUGUCAACAUGUUGGUGAAACUCGCCCUAGCCGCCGUAAUGGCAGUUGGAGUUCUGGGGCACACUAUUCCCGCAGAGGACAGAUGGAUGAAUGCGAUCAUCACGACUGACUUUUGCGAAAGUGGCAAGUUACAACAAGUACAGGCUUCCAUGUCAACAUUCCAGCAAUGUGUUACAAACGUGUAUACUGAUGAAAAUUUCAGGAAUGAGAUUAGAGCGGCCAAGUUAUACGAUGACAACGCCAAAAUUGUUAAGGCGUUCUGCGACAAAUCAGCACAGGUGAAGAGCUGCCUCCGACCACUUGUUACAAGUAUAACCCCGUGUUUCACGGCCAGUGGGUUACGCACUACACAAAAAGAGUUUGAUAAAAUGAUCGACUUCUUCUGCCUUAACGAUGGAGCUAACACAAACUUGUUCAUUAAGGAAGGUGGUUCAGAGUGUCUGGAACAGAAGCGAUUGGAUUUCGCAUCCUGCAAAAAUAACAAGACACCCGAGAUCACUCGGCUCAUUGGUGUAUAUGGAAGUGGGCCGGCAGUUCCUGAAAAGGAGAGAUGCAAACUAGAGAAGAAAGAAAACGAAUGUGAUUUUGCUGCAGUGAAAAGCUGCGGGAAACCCAAUCUCGAGAAACUUAUCCAACAACUACUUGAUUCUCUUGAUUUCAACUGCGAGGAAUAAAUUUUCAAAUACCUAACAGAAACCGGCUUGGACAAGAAGAAGAAAUAAGAAGAAAAAGUACGUCAGGAUUUUAUUAUUUCGAUUUUAAAGCCAAACGUUCAUCUUCUUGGGGUCGGUCAUCUUUUGGUGCCACUACCGUACUCUGGUAUCUUCGUACUAGAUAAAAACAAAUUGCUUCGUGUGUAUAAAAAUUGGUUGUUAUACAUUAUUAUACCUAUGUACUUUACUUUUAUCACUGAAAUAAAAUAUACGCCUAACAUACUUAUAAUACGAUGUUUAUGUUUAACAUUUAUAUUUCUGGUUAUAAACAGAAUGCCAGAUUAGACUAGACUAUUAAAUUAAUAAAUCUUAAAUAUCAAUUAUUUCAACUAAUAUAAAUAAAGGCAAUAAACAGUU